AUGACUCAUCCCACGACACGCCGCGUCGUGACCGGUCACGACCAAGCCGGCAAAUCCAUCAUCGUCUCCGACACGACGCUCACGCCCGCCAACCCGCUCGACCCCGCCGGCUCUCCGCCCGAGGGCAUCAUCCCGGGGUUCACCAACCUGUUCAAAACAACAGGUUUUCCCGCCACGAACGUGCAGGGACCAUGGUACGACGUGCAUGGCAAGAAAAUCGGCCUGGUUGACCAGACGGGCGUGGUGGCGCGGAUUGUCGACUUCCCCGCAGUAGGCAGCACGCCCGACAGCGUGAACAUCACGCACCGCACGCAGAGCGUCGACUUUGGCAUCGUCCUCAGCGGCACGAUCAUCAUGGUGUUGGACGACGGGAGCGAGACCGUCUUCCGGCAGGGUGACGUCUGCGUGCAGAGGGGCACAGACCAUGCCUGGAAGAACGUCAGCACCGAGAACUGCCGCAUGUUUUUCGUGCUGGUGCCGAGCGCGCCGAUUGAGAACCCGGCGACCGGGCAGGCUUUUGAGAUGACGCCCACGGCCCAUCUGGAGGAUGAAGAGCAUAUCAAGGCGGCGGCGCGGUAG